UACCCACCUCCACAUGACACCCCCUCACAUACCUAUAUGUCACCAACAGAUCACCUGGGAGUUUCCUGUUCUCCAGGGGAAAAGACCCAGUUCCCUCAUAUGGCUUUCCCUGCAAACCAGCUGCACCAAUUCCAACCCUCCUAUAUCCUUCCUGUAAUUUGGAGCCCAGAACUGAACACAAUAUUCCAGUUCUGGGCGCACCAGAGUCCUAUAGUAAUGCCUCUCUCUUGUCAGUAAUGCUUCUCUCGAUCUACUGCUGACUCAUGUUCAGCCUGCAGCCAACCUGCACCCCGAGGUCCCUUUCACAAGCGCUGCUGUCCAGCCACUUGUCCCCUAACCUGUACUUAUGACACCCAUUCCUGUGCCCCAAGUGCAAGACCUUGCACUUAUCCAUAGUGAACGCCAUCCUGUUGUCUCCUGCCCACUUCCAUAGUCUGUCCAGAUCCUUCCGGAUCCAGAGUUCCUGCUCCACAGUUGUGCCACAGCCCCCAUUUUAGUAUUGUCUGCAAUACUAAAUAGAAUACAAAGCAAAUUAGCUGUUGUGAAGGAUAACUAAUUGGAUAAUGAAAGUCAGCCCACUCGUCAGCUUGUGACCAAAAUCUGACAGAUCUGCAAAUGUUUUGUUUUGUUUUCUGAGUCCCCAGAUGAAGGAAGACUGUGGGAAACAGCCAUCAACAUUGUGGCUCUGGGCAUGUGAUGUCAUUUGGGUAUCACCUGAAGAACAGAUCUGGUUGAUUCCAUCUGAAUCAACAGAUCUGGUUGAUUCCAGCUGCUGCUACUUUGCCCUUUGCUUCAGGAUCUUUAUUUCCACGGAGGCCACUUGGUAAACCUUGUGGAAAGCCAGCUGGGACCUGGAGGAGCUCCUGGGCAGAGAAAGAGCCUGGAAAUAGCUGGAUGUUCAGUAUCACACAGUGCCAGGUUCACUGCCCACACACUACGAGCUUGCAAGCCACCAGCUCCUGACAGCAGUUGCUAUAACUUUGCAAAAAUUAUAGCCCUCUGGACUGAAGCAGGGUCACCUAGGUGACUGCGAUCUUUUUGUUAUUUAUUUCCUUUCCAUACAAUCACACUGCCAAAGUCCUUUUCUAUAUCCUACCUUGCACCAAAGAUGGUGCUCCAGGUGGCUAGCAGUCACAGAGUGGAGAAUUUUUAAGAGCAUAAUUAAAAAUAACAAAACAGCUAAAUAAACAGCACUCGUGCCGUUAAAACCCAGCUCGGCAACGAAUCUUCUUCCCUACUAAAGGCCUCAACAUUUGUUCCUCAUGCUGAUCUAGACCACGACCAGAAUCAUGCCCCUUCCCCUCGCUCUGACCACGUAACUCCUUGCCUGGCUUCCUGGCCAGGCCUGGGAUCAUUGCACCUGCCUUGCCCUCAGAGAGCCCAUGUGAAUUCCCCCAUGGAUUUCCCUCAUGGAUUUUCACAAGUAAGAUUCAGUAGGCGUCAACGCUGGCGAAUUCCAGCUCCCUCAGUCACUGAUUCAAAGGUCUCAAAAGUUCUCUUUUAUGUUAGUCUUCCCCAUUCCGUCUGCCCCUCCUGCCUAGAACGUGUGAGCGCUGCAGCCUCCGAUCUCACUUCUGGUGCCUUGUUUUCUGCACACAUCAUGCACCCAGUGGGGCUGCAGAGACGUGCUGUGGGGACCGGGCGGGAUUUCUGAUUCAGGGCCCCGGGGGCUUGGUGCUUGGAAGCUGCACCUGGGGGUUGGCUUUGGCAGCGGCCUAAUGUGGGGUAGCAGGGCUAGCACUGUCGGUGAAGUGGUUUUCCUGGUUUGUGGCCCAGGCCCUGAGAUAGCGAGGUGAGUGCUUGGCCUGUGUGCCUUAUAAGCCCAGCCUUCCUGGGGACGUGAGUGUAACCCAGAAUCUGCCUCCAGGCUUGGGGGGGAGCCAUCGAUUCAUCCGGGGAGGCAGGCGGUCCAGCGGUCUGCUCUGGCCCAGCCAGGCCCACCGGGUUCCGCCAUCUUGCGUCGGCCGUCUGCAAGAGCCCAAGGGUGCGAGACAGUCCGUUAGCCGUUGCCCGGGGAGGGGGAGCCACUUGGAGGUGCCAGGCAGAGAGAUGCCUGCGAGCGUGGCCAGGGCCCCGGACCUGCCUGCUUUCUCUCCUUGGAGAAGGGGACAGAUGGCACAGGGAGGAGCUGCCCCUGCCAGCACCACUAGGCCUCCGGGGCCAUUCCCCAUGAGGAGUGGAGAGUGCUGUGCCAAGGUGGGCCAGCCAGUGGCGCUCAGCCCCACACCAGCCUUCACGCGCUCACACUCCCACGAGUCUCUCCAGCCAUGGGAGCAGCACAGCGCCCACCCUCCCUGGCAGGGUGAACCCCACCGGUUUUCCUGGACUACAGACCGGGGGAGCGCCCCAGGAGGGCCUGGAGGCUGCAUGGGGACUGUCUGGGCGCCAGGCUAGGCUGGAGGCUGCCCCCACUGCCUCUGCUGCUGGGGUGCAGACAGAUCUCUGGCUGCGCCGCGUUCCGAGCGAAGGCACGCCCACUGAAGUGACUGGGCAAGGCGCACGGGGAUGAGUCUGCCUGGCGGCAGAUCCCUUCUACUCGCUGCCUGGUGCCUGGGUGUUGCCUCUGGUGCCAUCUUCUCUUUGUGGUGAAGCUGUGGACAGUGGGAGGAGAGGGAUCUGGAGAACGCACGCAUGAUCCAUCCCCCAGCAGGUCCAAGUGGUGAAAGCAGUCUUGGUCCAGGAUGACAGUUUCCAGCUCCUGGCUCUUCCCAGCUCGAGGUAAGAGAUUUGAUUUCUACACAGCCGGGGCUCUCCUGGGGGUCACUGACUGACGGGGACAUUCUGGCACAAUGGCUCCUGGUAUGAGCUGCAGGAGGCAUCCGAGCACUGUUGCCGCCCUCGGAAGAUCCUAGGAGUACAGGAGGAAGCAUCACCAGUUGAGUAUCUACCUGCCAAUGCCUGUGGAAAGCCCAAGGAAAAGUGGUUGUAACUGACUACAGACAUGCUGGGUGGGGCCUGGACAGACACCCCCCCCUCCCAAUUCCACAGGCAGAGACAGGCUAUUUCUUUCCCAGAGGCACCCUAAAGCAUACCUGGCCUCUGUCUGUCCACAGGCCUCCUGCUCUGGGUGGUUCUGCAAAUCAUCAGUUGGAGCUCUUGUGCCUUCGCAGAGCCUGGAUCCACCCUGGGAACACCUCUUUCUUCCAGCACCUCAGGGAACACUACAGGCACGGUGCCUGUAAGGAAGCUCAACCCCCAGCAUGGAGGGAAGGCCUGGGUGUCAAGCAGUUCUUGGGUGGGAUGAGCAGGAGGGUUGGCUGGGGUGGGAAGCAGAACUGCCUGCGUCUGGGAGACUGACAUCCCGGUGGAGGAAGGCGCAGGUCACUUGCCAGAGCUUCCAGUGUUCCGGGGCAAGAUGCUACCAGGAGGAAGUGCACAGAAACAGCGUGGAGUUCUGCCACAAUGCCUCAUACUGUAAGCUUUCCCAGCUCAACAGCACCAGCUACACAGCGGGAUGCAGCAACGACUGUGGAAACAGCAGCGCCACCGAGAUGUGCACAGCACGCCACGGCCAGGCUCUGGACACGGGCCCGUGCACCGUGGAGUGCUGCAGCGCGCCGGACUGCCUGGGCCUCAACGCCAGCGCCUACGGUGACCUGCCUCUUGCCACCACCCCACUUCCUUCCACCACCCCCUCCACGCCCCGCUCCACCACCACCAGAACACCUCCCAAGAACGGGAAGGUGUGCUCAAGUUUCACCUGCCAUGGAGAAGGAUGCUACCAAGGCCGGAAGCCCUCCAUCAGCUGCAUCGUGGGCUAUGAUUUCUGUGAGAUGAAGAAAACAGGACCUCACUUUGUGGCAGGCUGCAGCAAAGUCUGCAAAACAGCUGGCCCAGCCUGUGCUGCGAGAUCCACUGCUCCUUGCUAUCAGGAGUGCUGCCCGGCUGUGCCCAAAACCAGCUGCCUCAAACUGGAUGGGAAAGUUCACUUCAACAGGGCCACACAUGUGCCUUUAGCACCACCCGCGUCCCAAGUCCUGGCCUGGGCAGCAGUCAUUGGCCUGACCUGUUACGCCCUCUCCUCCACAGGGCUCAACUGAAGGAGGCAGCGCACGCUUGGUAGCGAGAUUCUGGCAGUAGCUAGAGAAGAGCACAGCCCCCACACCCCGUUCCUCUCCUCUCUCUUGGCUCCUUGCGCAAUAGGAGAGGGAGGCGCCCAGAAGAUGCCGCCACCUCCGUUUGGUCCUCCCGUGCUGCUGGAUGGUGCAUGUGCCAUGGCAUUCUCUCUGGUCUUCUCUCUGGGCUGCAGCAGAUGCCCGGGAGCAGUUAGCAGAUUUAAACCUGGCCUUGGCCCCGCAGCAAGGGCGCUCCCAUUCCAGGAAGGCAGCUGAGCUGGGCUGCUCUUCCCUUGCUCUUCCCAGCCCCACACGGCAAGACCGGGACCAGCGCAAGGGGCUGCCUUGGUCCACACGUGGCAGGAGCGCCCCCUCCUCCCCUUUCCUUGUCCUGUCACACUCUCAGCGCUGCUUGGGCCUCGGUCGGUUGUUCUCUCUCCUUGGACACUGCCAGCAGCUUUGAGGGGAGGGAAAGCAAAGGUGGGAGGGGGGUUGCUUGACCCUCCACCUGCAUGGAAAGGCCAGUGCCUGCGU